CACCGUGGACCCUUGGCCUCCAGGGCCCACUGAGUGGGGAGUAAGAUCGGGGGCAGGUUGGUUCUUGGCUUAGACUGAAAAGCAGCCAUGGAGACGGUGUACGAGCAACUCAAUGAGAGCCAGGCAUGGCCGCCCUCCCCCUUUGACCUCAAUGGCUCUGCGACGGCAGCGAACAACUCCAACAAGACAGAGCCAUACUACGACAUGACCAGCAAUGCGGUCCUCACAUUCAUAUACUUCGUGGUCUGCAUCAUCGGUCUCUGUGGCAACACUCUUGUCAUUUACGUCAUCCUCCGCUACGCUAAGAUGAAGACCAUCACCAACAUCUACAUCCUCAACCUGGCCAUCGCCGAUGAGCUCUUCAUGCUGGGGCUGCCCUUCCUGGCCAUGCAGGUGGCGCUGGUCCACUGGCCCUUUGGCAAGGCCAUCUGCCGGGUGGUCAUGACUGUGGACGGCAUCAACCAGUUCACCAGCAUCUUCUGCUUGACGGUCAUGAGCAUCGACCGUUACCUGGCUGUGGUCCACCCCAUCAAGUCGGCCAAGUGGAGGAGACCCCGGACAGCCAAGAUGAUCAACGUGGCUGUGUGGGGGGUCUCUCUGCUGGUCAUCUUGCCUAUCAUGAUCUAUGCUGGGCUUCGGAGCAACCAGUGGGGGAAAAGCAGCUGCACCAUCAACUGGCCAGGUGAAUCUGGGGCGUGGUACACGGGGUUCAUCAUCUAUGCGUUCAUCCUGGGGUUCCUGGUCCCCCUCACCAUCAUUUGUCUCUGCUACCUGUUCAUUAUCAUCAAGGUGAAGUCCUCUGGCAUCCGAGUAGGUUCCUCUAAGAGGAAAAAGUCUGAGAAGAAGGUCACCCGAAUGGUCUCCAUAGUGGUGGCCGUCUUCAUUUUCUGCUGGCUCCCCUUCUACAUAUUCAACGUGUCCUCCGUGACCGUGGCCAUCGACCCCACCCCGGCCCUCAAAGGCAUGUUUGACUUUGUGGUGGUCCUCACCUACGCCAACAGCUGUGCCAACCCUAUCCUCUAUGCUUUCCUGUCUGACAACUUCAAGAAGAGCUUCCAGAACGUCCUCUGCUUGGUCAAGGUGAGUGGCACAGAUGACGGGGAACGGAGCGACAGCAAGCAGGACAAAUCCCGGCUGAAUGAGACCACGGAGACCCAGAGGACCCUCCUCAACGGAGACCUCCAAACCAGUAUCUAAACUGCCUGGCCAAACAAAACAAGCAAGCUCCACCAACGGGCAAAGGACUCCCUUCUCACCUGCUUUUCCCUCCUCCCACCCGCACACCUGGCUUCUAGGAUAGAGGUCCUAUGGGCCUGAGCCCAAGUCACAGCACAGCGAAUGAAUGGGCUUGUCUGGUAGAUAACUGAUACGUUGAUUACCUCCCCCUUUAAGUGAACACUCAAGUGCAGGCAGACAAUUCAAAGUC